AUGGGAGAACCGAUCAAAGUCCAACCGGGUCUCCAGCCACCACCGGGAUCGGUCCGUUGGAUGGUUUGCCCGGAGAAUCUCCAUGAUUGCCCGAAAGGAAUGGAAUAUUUAGCGCUUGUUGAUGAGUUGCAGAUUAGACAGGAAAUCGAUGUGAUCGAGCAAUACAUGAGUUGGGAAACGAAAAACCACUAUACCGUUCUCAAUAAGCAACACGAAAAGAUCUACGACGUUUUCGAAGAGUCAAAUAUGUGGUUUCGACAGUGUUGCAGGCAAAAAAGGGGCUACACAAUGCAUGUGGUCGACAAUUUUAAAGAGGAAGUGAUCCGCAUCGAUCGUCCAUACAAAUGUUGUGCUUCGGAUAACUAUUGUUACGCGUGUUUCCCAUGUUGUGCUCAACAUUCGAUUAUUGAGGCGCCACCAGGAAAACAGAUUGGCGCAGUUCGUCAACGGGCCGCUUGUUGCUCUCCGUGUUUCUACAUACGAGAUGAGAAUGGGACAAAUGUUUUUAGCAUUGAGGGUCCAUGCAGUUGUUGCCUCAAAUGUUGCACCUUUUGCGGGAAAGUUUUUCGAGUUUUCUCGGUGGAAACUGGUCACGAAGUGGGUCGGAUAACGCGAAAAUGGAAUGGAUAUGCAAAGGAUAAAUACACAAAUGUUGAUUUAUAUGGGGUGACUUUUCCAAUGGAUUUGGACGUCCGAAUGAAGGCGAGUUUCAUGGCAGUCACGCUGCUCAUCGAUUUCAUGCAUUACGAAGAGGAAUCCGAUCAUAAAAAGGAGACAAAAGAGACCAAUAAACCGCAGAAUAGUGAU